GUCGGGGCUGCCGGCUGUGGCUGCCGCGAUUUCAUUACCCGCAUGGGGUCUGAUCACCCGAGAACCUUAAUAACACAACCAGGGACCCGGUCCUGCAGGUGCUCUGUGCCCGCUUGAAAAGGACUUGGGAUUCAUUUUUAGUGGCCUGGUGUUUAACCACCAAGGAUGUUGGUUUAUUGAAAGACCAAGGAAAAUGUAUUGAGCACCGACUGUAUGCCAGGCACAGAUCUGAACGCUGGGGAAAAGACAGGCAAAGCCCGUGCUCUCUUGAGCUGACAUGAUGGGUGUGUGGUGGUGGUGGUGGUGGUGGGGGGGGGUGCGUAACCAUGGAAACCAAUAAACAGGAUGAUUUGUGAGAUAGCGAAGUGCCACCAAGGAAAGAAAGCAGGGCGGCGUGACGGUGGCAUUGAGGGGGGCUCGGGCAGAGGUGACACCUGAAGAAACGGAAAGGGCCGUUUAUGCCUAAAGCUGACAGAAGAGCUCCGGCCGGUGGGACAAGCAAGUUCAAAGGCUGGAACUCUUUGCUGCUCAUCUGUACCUUUAGGGAGAAGAGCAAGCUGGUGAAGUACUUCAGCCGGCAGCUGUCCUGCAAAAAGAAGGUGGCCUUGCAGGAGCGCAACGCGGAGCUGGAUGGCUUCCCCCAGCUACGGCACUGGUUCCGGAUCGUCGAUGUGCGCAAGGAAGUCCUGGAGGAAAUCUCCCCGGGCCAGCUGAGCCUGGAGGACCUCUUGGAGAUGACGGAUGAACAGGUGUGCGAGACUGUGGAGAAAUACGGAGCCAACCGGGAGGAGUGUGCCCGCCUCAAUGCCUCCCUCUCCUGCCUCAGGAAUGUCCACAUGUCAGGAGGCAACCUUUCCAAACAAGACUGGACCAUCCAGUGGCCCACGACAGAAACGGGGAAGGAGAACAAUCCCGUGUGCCCCCCGGAGCCCACCCCGUGGAUCCGCACCCAUCUCUCCCAGAGCCCCAGGGUCCAGUCCAAGUGCGUCCAGCACUAUUGUCACACCAGCCCCACUCCCGGGGCCCCUGUGUACACUCACGUGGACAGGCUUACCGUGGACCCCUACCCGGGCUUGUGCCCGCCCCCGCCCCUGGAGUCGGGCCACCGUUCCCUGCCCCCAUCGCCCCGGCAGCGGCACGCGGUCCGCACCCCGCCGCGCACCCCCAACAUCGUCACCACCGUGACCCCGCCGGGCACGCCGCCCAUGAGGAAGAAGAACAAGCUGAAGCCCCCGGGGACCCCACCACCCUCCUCCCGAAAGCUGAUACACUUGAUCCCGGGGUUCACCGCGCUGCAUCGGAGCAAAUCCCACGAGUUCCAGCUGGGGCACCGCGUGGACGAGGCCCACACGCCCAAAGCCAAGAAGAAGAGCAAACCCUUGAACCUCAAGAUCCACAGCAGCGUAGGCAGCUGCGAGAACAUCCCCUCUCAGCAGCGCUCCCCGCUGCUGUCCGAGCGCUCCCUCCGCUCCUUCUUUGUGGGACACGCACCUUUCCUGCCUUCCACCCCUCCUGUGCACACCGAGGCCAACUUCUCUGCAAACACACUGUCUGUGCCACGUUGGUCCCCGCAGAUCCCUCGCAGAGAUCUCGGCAACUCCAUCAAGCACAGGUUUUCCACCAAGUACUGGAUGUCUCAGACAUGCACAGUCUGUGGGAAAGGGAUGCUUUUUGGCCUCAAGUGUAAAAACUGCAAGUUAAAGUGCCACAACAAAUGCACCAAAGAAGCCCCACCCUGUCAUCUUCUGAUCAUCCACCGAGGAGAUCCAGCAAGGUUAGUCCGGACAGAGUCCGUUCCAUGUGACAUCAACAACCCUCUACGGAAGCCACCUCGGUAUUCAGACCUGCACAUCAGUCAGACGCUCCCCAAAACCAACAAAAUCAACAAGGACCACAUCCCUGUCCCUUACCAGCCAGACUCCAGCAGCAACCCCUCCUCCACGACGUCCUCCACGCCCUCCUCGCCAGCACCCCCUCUCCCUCCUAGUGCCACGCCACCUUCUCCCCUACACCCUUCCCCGCAGUGCACACGGCAGCAGAAGAACUUCAACCUGCCAGCAUCCCACUACUACAAAUACAAGCAGCAGUUCAUCUUCCCAGAUGUGGUGCCGGUGCCGGAGACGCCGACCCGGGCGCCCCAGGUCAUCCUGCAUCCGGUGACCUCGAAUCCAAUCUUGGAAGGAAAUCCAUUACUUCAAAUUGAAGUGGAGCCAACGUCGGAGAAUGAAGAGGUCCACGAUGAGGCCGAGGAGUCAGAGGAUGACUUCGAGGAAAUGAAUCUGUCCCUCCUCUCGGCCCGGAGCUUCCCACGCAAGGCCAGCCAGACCAGCAUCUUCCUUCAGGAGUGGGACAUCCCCUUUGAGCAGCUGGAGAUCGGUGAACUCAUUGGAAAGGGUCGCUUUGGGCAAGUGUACCACGGCCGCUGGCACGGCGAGGUGGCCAUCCGGCUGAUUGACAUUGAGAGGGACAACGAGGACCAGCUCAAGGCCUUCAAGCGGGAGGUGAUGGCCUACAGGCAAACGCGGCACGAGAACGUGGUGCUUUUCAUGGGCGCCUGCAUGAGCCCGCCUCACCUAGCCAUCAUCACCAGCCUCUGUAAGGGACGGACGCUCUAUUCUGUCGUGAGGGAUGCCAAAAUCGUCUUGGAUGUCAACAAAACCAGGCAGAUUGCUCAAGAAAUUGUGAAGGGCAUGGGCUACCUCCACGCCAAGGGAAUCCUGCACAAGGACCUCAAGUCAAAGAAUGUCUUCUACGACAACGGCAAAGUGGUCAUCACGGACUUUGGACUCUUCAGCAUUUCUGGGGUGCUGCAGGCUGGCAGACGGGAGGACAAACUGCGUAUCCAGAAUGGCUGGCUGUGCCACCUGGCACCAGAGAUCAUCCGCCAGCUGUCCCCCGACACAGAGGAGGAUAAGCUCCCCUUCUCCAAGCACUCUGACGUCUUUGCCCUUGGCACGAUCUGGUAUGAACUCCACGCCAGGGAAUGGCCUUUCAAGACCCAACCGGCAGAGGCAAUAAUAUGGCAAAUGGGCACAGGCAUGAAACCCAACCUCAGCCAGAUUGGCAUGGGAAAAGAAAUCUCGGACAUUCUUCUCUUCUGCUGGGCCUUUGAACAAGAAGAGAGACCUACCUUCACCAAGCUCAUGGACAUGCUGGAGAAACUGCCAAAGCGAAACCGCCGCCUAUCUCACCCUGGACAUUUCUGGAAGUCUGCAGAGCUGUGACCUUUGGACACCGGGACGGCGUCCAGCUGCCUGGGCUCCCGUCACCUCUCCCUCCCUGCUCUGUCCUCUGCCAGCUCAGGAGGCCAGAGACUCAGCAUCAGAGGGUACCAACCCUGACCGACCUGGGAGCACUGGACAACAGCUUGGCGGCCUCCCUGCACCUCAGACUUGAGCCCUUUUCCUCGGGCAGGGUUGGGGACCCCCGAGCUAGGACUGAACCGGACCAGCCAGGGUGAUGCAUUAUUGGUCAGUGCGGCCCAGGGAACAGCACAAAUGAAAGCACUGCAGGCUGCACGUGGUGCCUUUGGGCUAUGGGACUAGGACAGGAGGCCCCACGUGGGCGGGCUUGCAGCUGGGGCUAAGUGUGUGUGUGUCUGUGUGUUCGACGCUGUUCACUCUUGUUUCACCUUGACAAGCAAGAGCCAGACUGCCCCGGUGAUGGGGCACCCCUCA